AUGCUCGCAGCCCUGGCCUUCCUCCCGCUUGCCUCUGCGCUCUCCCUUCCCCUCCAACUACCACUCCCAAUCCCUCAGAAUGAACAAAAACUCGAAACUCCGAUACCACCAGGCUCAAUGGAAAGGAAGCUAAUUCCACCGCAGGUCGACGCGUUUAUCCGUGCCCAACAAGUGUAUUGGAACUCUUCAGGGCUUUCCAUUGCUGUGGUCCGCAGAAAGCCAGGCAAGGAAUGGGAAUUCGAGUUUGGCUCGUAUGGGCAGGCGAGAGCAGACGGCACGCCCGUCAGUCCUGACACCAUGUUCGCUAUCGCGUCUGACAGCAAGGUGUUUACGGCCGCGGGCGUCGGGCUGCUCAUCAAGAAUGAGACGUUGGCGGCGGAAAGGGGCCGCCCGUUGAGAUGGGACACGAAGGUCGCGGAAAUCUUGGGCGAUGAGUGGGUGCUGAUGGACAAGGACAUGGAGCGCGGAGCGACGUUGCAGGACUUGCUUUCUCAUCGUACGGGCUUGCCGAGACAUGAUUACUCUGGGUUUUCGAGAACGGGAGGAGUUUCAGAAAUGAUAUCAAAACUUCAAUACCUUCGUCCCUCUGCCUCUCUACGCGAAAAAUAUCAGUAUAAUAACCUCAUGUAUGAGGCGCUGUCGUACCUCCCAGAAAAGCUCCUCAACCAAUCAUUCGAGUCAUACAUCGCACAACAUAUAUUUGCUCCGCUGGGUAUGAAUUCGUCGACCUACUCGGUGGGAGAAGCUGAGCGGCGGUUUCUGCCCGAUGGCACAAACCAGUUGGCUCAUGGUUUCCAUUGGAGUAUGCGAGAUUGGCUGGCAAACCAGACUGGCAUCUUGACUCCAAGCGAAUACUUUCAACGACCAGGAGAGGAGAGAAUAUGGGCCGGAGCAGGCGGUAUCAUCUCCAGUGCGAGAGAUUUGUCAGUGUGGGUUGCCACGCUCCUCAACCAAGGUCGACAUCCGUUUACGAACAGGACCGUAAUACCUGCGGAAAUCGUUGAGCACGUUGCUCUCGGCGCCAGCGUAUCGCUUGAAAAAGCGGAGUUUCCUGAGACUAGCCCCAAAGUCUAUGGUUGUGGCCAAAACCGGUUCUCGUAUCGCGGCCACGAGAUUAUUGAACAUGGAGGCAGUAAUCCGGGCUUCAAAACUAUUGUCACCCGUCUGCCGUAUGACCAAAUUGGUCUUGUCGUCUUAACCAACGACGACGACGGCGUCCGCGUCAUGGAGCCUGUCAAGUUCCGCAUUAUCGACGAGCUGCUUGGGUUUGGGGGCAAUCCAACAAACUGGGCAGAGCGGUACCUGAAGUCUGUUGCGGAUGGAAUCCGGCGGAAUCAAGAUGUUACCCCGCGACCAUCUCCCGCAAGCAUACCUUCGACGCCAUUUUCACAGAUGGCUGGUGUCUUUGUUCACGAAACUUAUGGCGCAUUCCAGCCCUGCUUUAUUUCGGUCGAAAGGAUGGUGAACACAAGAUGUCAAUCCAUUCUAGAUGUGCCAGUGGUUAGGCAGAUUCUCAACGCGUCCGACAAUGUACCAACCUUUGUCGUUCCGUUUCAACGGAUGCUUGCGAGCUACAUCAGGUUGGCGCAUUUCGACGGGAAUUUGUUCAAUGCUUCCAUGAUUUGGACCACCACAAGUGCAGCGCCCACAGCGACGAGCGGCGAUGAUGUCAUCGUCGGCCUAGACCGUAGAUAUGUAGCUGAGUGGGUUCCAGGAGACGACGUGAAGGAGAAAGACGGAUGGGCAUUCAAGGGCGACUUUUGGGGCAAGGAGGGGGACGUGAGGGACUUAGAGGGUGCUGGAAGGGCCAGCGCAGAAGUGUGGUUUGGUCGCGCUGCUUGA